CCUCCAGGUAACAAUUGUGUACAUUUCUACUGCUCCCUAAUGUCAAUCUCUCUCUCUCUCUCCAGUCUCCCAAUACUGAUGGUUUCAACCCAGACUACACUGUAGUUUACAUCAAAAACACAAUCAGUGUAUAUUUGUAACCGGUUGGCGCGCCGAAAGCUACGGGUAGAUGGCUAGAUGCUCACGAACAUCAACAGUGGGUGGUGUGUGUGAGGUAGAGAGAGUGGGAGACAGACAGACAGAAAGAACGUGAUAGACAUCAAGAGACCUUUUGUAAUCAAUACAAACAGAAGAAACAUUGAGAUUCUCCAACAAAGAUAUUGGCAAACUAUUUUUACGUUUUGCAUUCUAAGUGCGAGAGAGGAUCAAGAACCCUUCGUGGGACUGCAAUUGAUCAGUGAGAAGGCACAGAUUAUAAAAAUUGAAACAAUAAUUACGCUUUGCGAGAAGAAGCUGAUCAUUGUCGUGGAUUGGAUUGGAGUCAAUCAAUUUGUAGCUCAACGUCAAGAUAAUAGAAAGAGUUACCAUGGAAACUGUUCUGUUCUUCCUCUUUUCACUCCUGGUGUAUGUGGCUGUGCCUGUAUUUUCAGAUGGUGAAAAGGAGAAGAAAGAGGUGGACCCAUUUGUCUAUGACUAUCAUAGCCUGCGGAUCUGUGGACUGGUCUUUGGUGUGGUACUCUUCGCGCUGGGCAUCCUCCUCAUCCUCAGCCGAAAAUGUCGCUGCUGUCCCAAUCAGGAGAAGAAGCUCAAGGCCCCUGGAGACGAAGAGGCUACGGUAGAGACCCUGAUCGUGUCCAAAGCUAAGGAGCCAGAGCCCGAGCCUGAAGCUAAGGCUGAGAACUGAGUCAGCCCAACCAGACUGCCUCCCCACCUGACUGACGAUCAACCAUAUCUGCCACUGAACAACCAGUGGUGGAAAAAGUACCCAAUUGUCAUAUUUGAGUAAAAGUAAAGAUUCCACAAUAGAAAAUGACUCAAAUAAUAGUGAAAGUCGCCCAAUAAAAUACUACUUGAGUAAAAGUCCAAAAGUAUUUGAUUUUAAAUAUACUUAAGUAUCAAAAGUAAAUGUAAUCUCAAAAAUAUAUCAGUAUAUAUCAGUAUAAGUAUAAAUCAUUUCAAAUUCCUUAUAUUAGGCAAACCAGGAUGGUCAUGGGCACACUUCAACACUCAGAGAUCAUUUACAAACAAAGCAUUUGUGUUUAGUGAGACCGCCAGAUCAGAGGCAGUAGGGAUGACCAGGGAUGUUCUCUUGAUAAGUGUGUGAAUUUGACAAUUUUACUGUUCUGUUAAGCAUUCAAAAUGUAACGAGUACUUUUGGUUUUCAGGGAAAAUGUAUGGAGUAAAAAGUACAUUAUUUUCUUUAGCUGUAAAUGUAAAAGUUGUCAAAAAUAAAUAGUAAAGUACUUAAGUGGUACUUUAAAGUAUUUUUACUUAAGUACUUUACACCACUGUGAACCACUACCUAAGGACCAACACAAUAAUGAUGAUGACGAUGGCAACAAAGAUGAUGACGCUGACAAAGAUGAUGCAGAAGAAUUAUGAAGAAUGAAGACGAUGCAACAGGAAUACUGUGCGACCACAGGACAAGGGAUAGGAGUGUGUAGAGGUGGGUGGGGGGGAUAAUGCAGAUGUAAAUAAACCUUGAACCUAUUGUUCCGUGCUCUGUGCCCGUGUACGUGUCUCAGUGAUCUCGUGUGUACCUGUGCCUUUCUGCAACAGUUUGUCGUCUUAGCCAGUGACACCUUUUUGCAGAUCGCCUUUACCACAGUUCUUAAUAAUUAGAGAUGUGUCAAGAAAUGUUGUUCGUGUUUGUGUUUAGCUUAUAUUCUGUGUUUCUAUCGUCUUUAGGUUCUAGACGUUACUGUUUGCUAUAUUUUUGUUAUUGAGUUGUUAUUAUCACUUUCACUCUUGUAACAAUUGUCCUUAAUGACAUUUAUCACGUGGUAGAUUAUAUACAAUAUAUACACUACCGUUCAAAAGUUUGGGGUCACUUAGAAAUGUCCUUGUUUUUUUUUAAGAAAAGAGCAUUUUAUGUCCAUUAAAAUAAC